UGUAUGUGUGUAAAAGCGCACAUGUGAAAACAAUAGUAUACUAUCAUUGUAUUAGUGUGUACAAGUGAUAAUUUUUGUUGCUGACAGUUCUUAUAUUAGUGUUUUUGUGAUUAUUUUACAAAAUUUAGAUUCAAAAUGAGUUACCACCGAGGAGGUGGUAACAAACCAAAGGGUUUUGGUUUUGCUGGCUUUCAAAUGACGGGUUCUAAACGAAGUGGAGCCAAUAUACCACCACCAAAUAUUAAUUCAAAUUUAAGUAAACAAGGAUAUCAUACAAUGAGUUCAAUAACAGAAAAUGCUCUUUCGGCCUGUUGGGGUGUUCCAAAGAAACGUAGCAAAACUGAGGAAGAAUAUUUCGACGAUGACGAUGAUGCACCAACUUCUUCUUUGGAAUAUAUUCCAGCACCAGGUUCACCUACAUAUGAAUUAAUGAAAAAAACCGAACAAAAGAAAGAAAGUGACAGCGAAGAAGAUCCUUUGGAUGCUUUUAUGGUUGGAAUUGAGGCAGAAGUAAAGAGAAAUACUUAUGAAGCGGAACUUGCUGAGGAAGAGAGAAAAGAAGAGAAAAAUAAAGGUUUCCGACAAGACAUCGAUGGCGAAGACAACGAAGAAAGUUAUUAUAGGUAUAUGGAAGAAAAUCCCACAGCUGGAUUACAACAAGAGGAUUCCGAUCAGGAAAUUGAAUACGAUGAAGAUGGAAAUCCAAUAGCGCCAGCUAAGAAAAAAGAAAUUGAUCCCUUACCACCAAUUGAUCAUAGUGAAAUUGAAUAUGAACCAUUUGAGAAAAAUUUUUAUAAUGUUCACGAUGAAAUUGCAGUAUUGAAUAAACAACAAGUUGAUGAAUUAAGAAUUACAUUGGGAAUUAAAGUUUCCGGUCCUUCGCCACCAUUUCCAGUUACAAGUUUUGGACAUUUUGGUUUUGAUGAAGUAAUGAUAAAGGCAAUUCGUAAAAAUGAAUACAUUCAACCGACGCCUAUUCAAGCACAAGCAGUACCCGCUGCACUUGGUGGUCGUGAUAUUAUUGGAAUUGCCAAAACUGGAAGCGGUAAAACAGUUGCUUUUAUUUGGCCAAUGUUAGUUCAUAUUAUGGAUCAAAGAGAAUUAAAGCAUGGCGAUGGUCCUAUUGGUUUAAUUUUAGCACCAACUAGAGAAUUAUCUCAACAGAUUUAUCAAGAAGCAAAAAGAUUUGGAAAAGUUUAUAAUAUUCAAGUUUGUUGUUGUUAUGGCGGUGGUAGUAAAUGGGAACAAAGUAAAGCACUAGAAGGCGGAGCAGAAAUUGUCGUUGCAACACCUGGUAGAAUGAUAGAUUUAGUUAAAAUAAAAGCGACAAAUUUACAAAGAGUUUCAUUUUUAGUUCUUGACGAAGCUGACAGAAUGUUUGACAUGGGAUUUGAACCACAAGUACGAUCAAUUUGUAAUCAUGUGAGGCCUGAUAGGCAAACAUUAUUAUUUAGUGCAACGUUUAAAAAAAAAGUGGAAAAACUCGCACGUGAUGUUUUAACAGAUCCAGUGAGAAUAGUACAAGGAGAUGUUGGCGAAGCAAAUACAGAUGUAACACAAAAUAUUGUAAUGUUUUACAAUAAUCCAACUGGCAAAUGGAAUUGGUUAUUGCACAAUAUUGUUGAAUAUCUCAGUUCUGGUAGUUUAUUAAUUUUUGUUACCAAAAAGCUGAAUGCAGAAGAAUUGGCGAAUAAUCUUAAAUUAAAAGAAUACGAAGUAAUGUUACUACACGGUGACAUGGACCAAAUUGAAAGAAAUAAAGUGAUAACUGCUUUUAAAAAAAAGGAAGUUAGUAUUUUGGUUGCGACUGACGUUGCAGCUCGAGGAUUGGAUAUUCCACAUAUCAGAACGGUGAUAAAUUAUGAUGUGGCUCGUGAUAUUGAUACACACACUCAUAGGAUAGGAAGAACUGGAAGAGCUGGUGAAAAAGGUACAGCGUAUACCUUGGUAACGGAGAAGGAUAAAGAAUUCGCUGGUCAUCUUGUAAGAAAUCUUGAAGGUGUGAAUCAAGAAGUACCAAAAAGUUUGAUGGAUUUGGCAUUGCAAAGCUCUUGGUUUAGAAAAUCGAGAUUCAAAGGAGGGAAAGGAAAAAGUUUAAAUGUCGGUGGUGCAGGUCUUGGAUUUAGAGGAAAAGCUGAAACUCCAUUGGAACAGACUGGAGGUCCUUCUACGCAACAACAAAAAGAUAUAAGUGAAGUUGUUAAAAAAUUAGAGAGACAAGGACCAGGAAGCGAUCGACUUUCUGCUAUGAAAGCAGCUUUUAGAAGUCAAUAUACGUCGCAGUUUAGAGCAUCAUCAGAUCACACAUGGGAACAAACAAUUGUUCCUCCGUCAAUAAUUAUGCCUCCACCAUCUACGAUAACGGCAAAUAGUUCUGAGGAACAACAGGAGGAACAAGAUUCGAAUAGUUCAUUAGGAACAGAAAAAUCAGAACGAAAAAGAAAAAGAAAGAGUCGAUGGGAGUGAUUAUCGAUUUUUGGGGCAUACGAAUUAUUGUAUAUACAUCAUUUCUCAUGAAAUAUUAUGCAAUUUCGGGUAAUGAUGUUUCAUUUGAUUUUAUAAUAAAUCUUAAUUUUAAAAUAGUAAA